GUCCAGGCCCAUCAAUUAUCCGGGACAACCCCCACCCCAAAAGGCCAAGUUGGAAGCCCAUUCCUUCACCCCUAAACCCUACUGAAGCUUAAAACCUCGGGGAAUAAUCCCCUUCUCUUGUUUUCAUUUCAUUUGCAGAGUUCGAGAAAUCUGCAAAAAAAAAAAUCUCUCAUGGACGCAAAGCUCUUCUCGAUCGCGAAUCGAUUGAGUUCGAAUGUCGGAACUCAGCCAAUCCAACGGCUCGCUAAAACCCUAAUCGGGGAUGCGAGUACGAGCAAAACAUACUACACCGGCAGGAGUAGCAAAGUGAGCCUGUACUCGAAGAUCAGUCCCCUGGGAAGCCCUAGCGUAAGCGUGGUGCCCGAGCUUGACCAUUGGGUGGAGAAGGGGAACCGGGUUCGAGUCGGGGAGCUGCAACGCAUCAUUCUCGAUCUCCGCAAGCGUAAGAGGUUUUCUCAAGCACUAGAGGUUUCUGAAUGGAUGAAUAAAAAAGGCAUUUGCAUAUUUACACCAAGCCAGCAUGCCCGGCAGCUGGAUCUGAUCGGUAGGGUUCGGGGGUUUCAAUUUGCUGAAAGCUAUUUCAAUAGUUUGAUGGAGCAAGAUAAAACUGACAAGACUUAUGGUGCUCUCCUGAGCUGUUAUGUUCGGCAGCGCGUAACUGAUGAAUCGCUGUCCCAUUUACAAAAGAUGAAAGAGAAGGGUUUUGCUUCGUCUCCCCUGACUUAUAAUGACAUCAUGUGCCUCUACACAAACAUUGGCCAGCAUGAGAAGGUUCCUGAUGUGCUGAGAGAGAUGAAGGAGAGCAAUGUUCCGCCUGACAAUUACAGUUACAGGAUAUGCAUCAAUUCUUAUGGAGCAAGAUCCGAUAUUGAGGGAAUGGAGAGACUUUUAAAGGAAAUGGAGAGUCAAUCUCACAUCAUCAUGGACUGGAACACAUAUGCUAUUGCGGCCAAUUUCUACAUAAAAGCAGGACUAACUGAUAAAGUGUUUGAUGCCCUGAAGCAAUCUGAAGAGAGGCUUGAUAAAAAAGAUGGGCUUGGCUAUAACCAUUUGAUCUCACUCUAUGCAAAAAUGGGGAAAAAGGCUGAUGUUUUGAGAUUGUGGGAUCUUGAGAAAAGUGCUUGUAAGAAGUGUAUAAACAGGGAUUAUAUCACAAUGCUGGAAUCUUUGGUGCGGCUUGAUGAGCUUGAAGAAGCUGAGGAACUGCUUAAGGAUUGGGAAUCAUCUGGGAACUGUUAUGAUUUUAGAGUCCCAAAUGUUGUCCUUAUUGGCUAUUUUAGGAAGCAUUGGUUUGAGAAAGCGGAGGCAAUGCUUGAAGACUUAAUGGACAAAGGCAAGGCAACCAACCCAAACAGUUGGGGUGUAGUGGCAGCAGGGUACCUGGAUAAGGGUAAAAUGAUGAAAGCUGUGGACUGCAUGAAGGUGGCUUUCUCAUUAUAUGUGGAUGGUAAAGGAUGGAAGCCCAACCCCAGGGUGAUUACUGACAUAUUGAGUUGGCUUGGUGAUGAAGGCAGCGUCGAAGAAGUUGAAGCUUUUGUAUUUUCACUCAGGACAGUCGUCUCUAUGGACAGACAGAUGUAUCAUGCCUUGAUGAAGGCAAACAUCAGAGAUGGUAAAGAUGUAAACGAGCUUUUAAACAGCAUGAAAGCUGAUAAGAUAGAAGAGGAUGGGGAAACGGAGAAGAUCCUGGGCAUGAGGCAGAAGAAUGAGCAAUGACAAAAUGCGUGUGAUUUAUUUUGCCUCGGUUGAGUUAAAAAGUGAUGUGUCCCUUUGUCAAAUUUUGGGCGUGGGUUAUUUCCUGCAGGGGGUUAGAAUAUUGAGAGUUUAAACUUAUAGCAUUUCUAUUGCUCUCUGCUCCGAUAAACAACAAAAGAAUAUUGGCGUUGCCAUGUGGCAUUGUGAGACCAGCUGUUACUAUUUCAGCUGAUGGGUGAUUUCUUGUACCAGUUAUAAAUAAAUUCAAUAACUAUUCUUAA